CUCUUCCCCUGGCAGACUUCAACUAUGGUGCGGACGAGUACGACGCCGAGGGCAACGAGGAGCCCAAGGCGCUGCCGGAGGGCUCGGAAACCAUGCCCUACAUCGACGAGUCACCCACCAUGUCCCCCCAGCUCAGCGCCCGCGGCCAGGAGAGCGGGGACGGUGUGUCCCCAACACCCACUGAUGGCCUUGGCACAGGGGUAGAUGCUGGCAAAGGCCUGGAGAUGCGGAAGCUGGUGCUCUCUGGUUUCCUGGCCAGCGAGGAGAUCUACAUCAACCAGCUGGAGGCCCUCUUGUUGCCUAUGAAGCCACUGAAGGCUACAGCCACAACGUCGCAGCCUGUCCUCACCCUCCAGCAGAUUGAGACGAUUUUCUACAAGAUCCAGGACAUUUAUGAGAUCCACAAGGAGUUCUACGACAGCCUGUGCCCGAAGGUGCAGCAGUGGGACAGCAACGUCACCAUGGGCCACCUCUUCCAGAAGCUGGCCAGCCAACUGGGGGUCUACAAGGCCUUUGUGGAUAACUACAAAAUCGCACUGGAGACGGCGGAGAAGUGCAGCCAGAGCAACUACCAGUUCCAGAAGAUCUCGGAGGAGCUGAAGGUGAAGGGCCCCAAGGACUCGAAGGAGAGCCACACGUCCGUCACCAUGGAGGCGCUCCUGUACAAACCCAUCGACCGGGUGACACGGAGCACCCUCGUCCUGCACGACCUCCUCAAGCACACCCCAGCUGACCACCCCGACUACCCGCUGCUCCAGGACGCCCUCCGCAUCUCACAGAACUUCCUCUCCAGCAUCAAUGAGGACAUCGAUCCCCGGAGGACAGCAGUCACCACCCCCAAGGGGGAGACCCGGCAGCUUGUCAAGGAUGGUUUCUUGGUGGAGCUGUCAGAGGGCUCACGGAAGCUGCGGCAUGUCUUCCUCUUCACCGACGUGCUGCUCUGCGCCAAGCUGAAGAAGACGGCGGUGGGGAAGCACCAGCAGUAUGACUGCAAGUGGUACGUGCCCCUGGCCGACCUGGUGUUCCCCUCGCCGGAGGAGUCGGAGCACUGCCCACAGGUCCACGUCAUCCCUGACCACGAGCUGGAGGAUAUGAAGAUGAAGAUCUCAGCCAUCAAGAGCGAGGUGCAGAAGGAGAAAGCCAACAAGGGGCAGAGCCGAGCCAUCGAGCGCCUCAAGAAGAAGAUGUUUGAGAAUGAAUUCUGGCUGCUCCUCAACUCGCCUGCCAUCCCCUUCCGCAUCCACAACCGCAACGGGAAGAGCUACCUCUUCCUGCUCUCGUCCGACUAUGAGAGGUCCGAGUGGAGGGAGGCCAUUCAGAAACUGCAGAAAAAGGACCUCCAGGCCUUCGUCCUGAGCUCGGUGGAGCUACAGGUGCUCACAGGAUCCUGCUUCAAGCUACGCACCGUCCACAACAUCCCGGUCACCAGCAAUAAGGACGAUGAUGAGUCCCCCGGGCUCUACGGGUUCCUGCACGUCAUCGUCCACUCUGCCAAGGGCUUCAAGCAGUCUGCCAACCUCUACUGCACGCUGGAGGUGGACUCCUUUGGCUACUUUGUCAGCAAAGCCAAGACCAGGGUUUUUCGGGACACCACCGAACCACAGUGGAAUGAGGAGUUUGAGAUCGAGCUGGAGGGUUCCCAGUCCCUGCGCAUCCUCUGCUAUGAGAAGUGCUACGACAAGACCAAGCUCAACAAGGACAACAACGAAAUUGUGGACAAGAUCAUGGGCAAAGGGCAGAUCCAGCUGGACCCACAGGCUGUGCAGACAAAGAACUGGCACAUGGACGUGAUUGAGAUGAACGGGAUCAAGGUGGAGUUCUCCAUGAAGUUCACAAGUAGAGACAUGAGCCUGAAGAGGACUCCAUCCAAAAAGCAGACCGGUGUCUUCGGGGUCAAAAUCAGCGUCGUGACAAAGCGUGAGCGCUCCAAGGUGCCUUACAUCGUGCGCCAGUGCAUCGAGGAGGUGGAGAAGAGGGGCAUCGAAGAGGUCGGCAUCUACAGGAUCUCUGGUGUCGCCACUGAUAUCCAGGCAUUAAAAGCUGUCUUCGAUGCAAAUAACAAGGACAUCCUGGUCAUGCUGAGUGACAUGGACAUCAACGCCAUCGCUGGCACCCUGAAGCUGUACUUCCGCGAGCUGCCCGAGCCCCUCCUCACUGACAGACUCUACCCCGCCUUCAUGGAGGGGAUCGCCCUCUCGGAUCCUGCUGCCAAGGAGAACUGCAUGAUGCACCUUCUCCGCUCGCUGCCUGACCCCAACCUCAUCACCUUCCUCUUUCUGCUGGAGCACUUGAAAAGGGUAGCUGAAAAGGAGCCCAUCAACAAAAUGUCUCUCCACAACCUGGCCACGGUCUUCGGGCCAACACUGCUGAGACCUUCAGAGGGGGAGAGCAAGGCACACCUCACCCUGGCCUCCGACAUCUGGUCCCACGAUGUGAUGGCCCAGGUCCAGGUCCUUCUGUACUACCUGCAGCAUCCUCCCAUCUCCUUCACUGAGCUGAAACGCAACACGCUUUACUUCUCCACGGACGUGUAGCCUGCAGGGAGAAGGCACCAGCCGCAAACACUCCCAGCUCCCUGCUGGGGGACACGGACUGGAUGGCAGCCCCCCCAGGGAGACCGGCUCGGACCCAGGACGGUGCCACCUGCAGCUCCUGUACAAUUGCGUACCGGUGGCCCGGUCCCACCCCAGGCGCCGUGCCUCUCUGUAAAGUAGUCGUGUCUUAUGUCCCUUCUUGUGUUCAAGAAUUGUUUUUUAUGUAUAUUUGUUCAACGGAAGAGGUAGUGACUGACAAGGGCUGUGGACACAGGCUUCCCCCUUGGCUCGUUUUCUCCUGGACUCCUUUCUGCCCGCUCACUCCUACCAGGCACCCCUCGUCUCGCCCAGCUCGAAGCCUGCAGCAUCCCACGAGUGCCUGUUCCUCUCCCCUGCCCCACGCCUGCAUGUGCAGCACCGGCUCGCUUCAGAGGCUGGGAGCUCACGGGCUUCCCUCCCCGGUGACGGUGACGACCAGCUCUGCUUUGCCUUGCUGCCUGCGCGAACGUUGGACCCCCCCUACCCCGUGCCUGGAUCCUGCUCUGGCCCGAGCAAACCUGCGACCACGAGAGCCGAGGAGCAGGGUGCUGCUUCUUCCUCGCCACGUCUCUUCUGGGCACUCUCAGGCCAGUCCCCUCUACAGCCCUAAUCCUGUGCUUUGUGCGUGUAGCAUGGUGGUUACUUCCCUCGCUGUAUCUCGCCCCCGAGUAGCUUUUUGGGGGUGACCCAUCACAGGCUGGAGGGAGAGGUGCUGUCCUGGUCUCGAUGCACGGCAGGUUGGAGGGACGUCCAGCUUCCUCCACCACGGGCUGACCCAAGGUCUGUGCUGUGGCACUGCCCGGGUCCCAUUAGGGCACGUGGAUCCCCCAAUUUCCCCAUCAAGCCCUGGUGGGGCAGGGUCCCUGCUGUUUGGUGUGCACCCACCCCCUGCCAGCACAGCACUGCCAUAAGGGUUGCCAACGCUGUGCCAGAGCUUGCCGAGGCACCAGCAUUUCUCCUGUGGCCAUGAGAAUGGGGAGGUUUGUGUUUCUGGGCACCGGGCAAAUGGCAGCACAUGGCCCUGCCUCAGUGCAAGCCGGGCUGCUGGAGGUGAGUGCUCCAUGUGGCAGCUGGAUGGUCAUCCAGCCUGGAAACCAGUGCAGAGGGACAGGAGGAGGAGGAGGAAAGCCUUCCUGACCCUCACUGCCAGAGGCAGAAGCGCUUUGUUUGCUCUUUCUCACAAAGCAGUUGGUGCUGGGUUCGCCGUGCCCGGCCAGCUCAGGUCUGUUUUGGUUAGUGGCUCCAGUUUUUGACCCCCCCAGGCUGACGGCUGGAGUUGUCACGCCAUGUCCCAAGGCAGGAUGGCCACACGCCAGGCUGUGCUCUGUCUGCCCGAGUGCCUGGCUCCCAGUAUGUCCCCCACAAAUCCCAGGUAGGUGCUGGUACCUGUUGGGACACGAAACCUUUCGCUCUGUGAGCCGAGUCCGUGUCCUCGUGGGGAAAAGCCCCCCCUCCCCUCCCCGAUGCCGCUGGCCCCGCGCUCUCUCUCCUGUGCCAAAUGGAGACGGAUGAGAAGUGACCAAGCAUCUCCCCGGCCGACAGCGGCGUUGCCUUUGCCCUCCCCACCAACAGACUGUUCCAGGUAGAGCCCGGCCGCCUGCCACCCGUGCACCAGGUAUGUCCCAAGCCCAGCUCCCCGGGGAAGGCAGCGCCCACCGGCCCCGCACCAGCAAAGCAACUAAAGGAGGGGAGGUUUUUCAGUCCUGCCCACCCCCCCCUUCAAAGGGCUCACACUCCAGACCCUGCUCCUCUCGACUUCCCAGCUGAAGAGAAGGGAAACAGCAUUGCAGAAAAUAACCAGGCGUCUGCCUUGGCCCUGGACCCUGUAAAGGAGGCCGAGUUUUAGAUCUGACCGCACAACGGAUCCCUCUGUGUGUGUGUGUCUUGAUUUGUUACACGUGUCCAAGUCUCUGUCCACCAUACUGUCAUUCCAGAUGGAGACUCUGUACAGCCAAAUCUUCCCCCCCGCCCCCUUCCUCCUCCUCCUCCUCCUCUCCAAGCAACAGUGGCUGGAGGCUUGGUCCCCACAGCCCCGGCACAACAGGCUGCAGCCAUCCCUGUGACUGGCUUCUGCUUGUCCCUACAGGAAGGAAAAGAGGGGAGGGGGUGUGUGUGGCAGGGGUUGGACUCUUGCAGCUACAGGUAGAAUAGAACUGUUAAUUAAUAUUUGACUUUCAAAAGUUGUUAAGGAUAUAUUUUUGUUUGUGUUCUGUUUUCAAUUUCUGUAGAUUAUAAACUUUAAAUGGCUGUAAACCAUGUGAGGAGGAAAAAAAAGAAAAAAAAAAAAA